AACAAAUAAAAAACCGUGAGGUCACAAACAGGGAACGCGAGUUGCUCCGACCGAUUACGCUCUAUAAUAUCGUCGCCACACGGUAAAAGACGUGAUUUAUCAACCUGAAAGAGAGUACACUUUGUGCCAUGGUGCGGGCUAUGUGGGCGGUGCUCCGGAUGCUAUCCCGGGAGGGAGCCGCUGUGCUGAAAUCAAACGCACCGUGUGCUGCCCGAGGAGCACAGCUGAGGUCCGGACCUGUGUGCGCCGCUGUUACGAUCUUCCGCAGAGCGAUAUCCAGCGGCAAAUCAUCAACUGUUGUCCACCCGCCGCCGCACCGCAGUGAAGUGAGACACCUGCAGUCUGCAGCCAGAAUGCCCGAGGUUACCACAGACCACCUGGAUGAGAAGCAGGUGCAGCUUCUGUCCGAGAUGUGCAUCCUCAUCGACGAGAACGACCGCAAGAUUGGAGCGGACACCAAGAAAAACUGCCACCUCAACUCCAACAUCGAUAAAGGUUUAUUGCACAGAGCUUUCAGCGUCUUCAUUUUCAACAGCGAGGACAAGCUACUCUUACAGCAGAGGUCUGACGCCAAAAUCACUUUUCCAGGCUGUUUCACAAACACAUGCUGCAGUCAUCCUCUACACACAGACAGCGAGCUGGAGGAGAAGGAUGCACUGGGGGUGAGGAGAGCCGCUCAGAGGAGACUCGGAGCAGAACUGGGGAUUCCAGUGGAGCAGGUGACUCCAGAUGAAAUGACAUAUCUAACAAGAAUCCAUUACAAGGCCCAGUCAGAUGGGGUUUGGGGAGAACAUGAGAUUGACUACAUCCUCUUUGUGCAGAAGGACGUGGACUUGAGUCCAGACCCCAAUGAGAUCAAAAGCCACUGUUACGUGAGCAAAGAGGAGCUGAAGGAAAUGUUGGAGAAGGCUAAGAGCAAAGAGCUGGAGAUCACGCCCUGGUUCAGUCUCAUUGCAGAGACCUUCCUCUUCACGUGGUGGGACAACCUGCAGAACCUCAAACAGUUCAUGGAUCAUCACAGCAUCCACCGCAUGUAACCACGACUAGGAUCAGGCUCCCCCUCCAACACUUCAAGCUCGCUGAUUUUUACAGAACUGACAUAAAAACACAGUCAGCCGAGCUGCCGGAGAGCCGAAAACAAGCCUCCGCUCAAAGUGUGAGGGUUCCACCGGCUACUUUGGACAAGUUGUAGCACUUCUGCACUAAAAGAAAAAGUAGAGAAUGUCUUAGUGAGGUAAUAUGUAAGGUGGUUUACGUAGGUUUGUAGCACUGAGGUGCAUUCAUCGCCACUGUAGAUGUUUCCUAUAGUCCUCAUGUGUUGACUCAUCCUUCAGGUAAUGGUUCAAAUAAGCUGGAUUCACAGCCUGAACAAGAGGCAGGAAAUGUAGUGUUAUUAAGAACAGCUCCACAAAGACUGUAACCUAUUUUUUUUCUAAAAACUUAAAGUGCCUGAUAAUGGGUCACUAGCCUAACCGGAGUAGUAUUUCCAAAUCACAACUGCUUCUACGUUGUUGACAGUGACAUUACUGAACAAGUUGCAUCUUUGUUCAACCUUUCACAAUAAAGUGAACUUUGAACUUGCA